AAAAGAAAGCUGCCAAAGACAGGGUAUAUGAAUAUGAAAGAGAGAGAAAGAGAUUAUACAAACAAAGGGAAAAAGGAAAGAGGAAGAUUUCUUCAACGAGUCUUGUGAUUGUAUCACCAAUACCAACGCCAAAACCAACGAAUGGAAUCGUUUUUCUUAACCGAAACCUUUCCCCACAACUAUUACACCUUCACCACCAUCACUUCUCCCCAUCUACUACUACUAUUAUUAUGCUUCUUCCUUUCCCCUCACUUUUCUCUACCUUUCUUUCUCUUUAACCCACUUUUUUCUUACUAAUUUCUCCUUCACAUCACCCUUCAAUUUCGAGUUUUUUGAGGAAUAUGUUUGGAGAAAGCAGUAAUGGCAACACUUUGUUUCCAGCUUCAUUAGAGGGGAAUCGUUUCCAGUAUGAUGUGAGUGCAUUGCCUCAGCUGCAACUAUUUGGAGAUGUUACCGUUGGAUGUAGUGGCUACCCGAUAAGCCAGACAGUCAAUGAACACCCAUCUGCUGCACUUCGUCCUACCAAAAGAGUCCGGGAUGUUGAACCCAACUAUAGCCAGCAAAAGCUUAAGAUAUCCUUGAAUAAUAACUUUGGUCAGAAUGAAGUGGAUCAAGCUGGAAGUAUUUUGAAUCCAAUUACUGUAUCAACUGGACUUAGACUUUCUUAUGAGGAAAAAGAACGCAAUUCAUCAGUCACUUCUGCACCUGAAAAUAUGAAAGCAGCCGUUCCUGCUCUUAUGCGAAUAGACAGUGGUUUUAAAUAUGAGAUUGACAGGCAAAGAGAAGAAUUUGAUUACUACAUGAAAGUUCAGGGAGAUAAUAUGAUGAAGGGCAUGAGGGAGUUGAUUCAUCGACAGACAGCAUCUUUACUGAACUCCUUGCAAAAAGAAGCUAACAAGAGAUUAUAUGAGAAAGAUCUUGAAAUAGACAAUUUGAACAGCAAGAACAGGGAACUUGGGGAGAGAAUUAAGCAGAUUACUGUAGAAGCUCAAUCUUGGCAUUACAGAGCCAAGUACAAUGAGUCGGUUGUCAAUGCCCUGAAAAGCAAUAUUCAGCAGGCCAUGGCCCAAGGUUCCAUGCAAGCUAAGGAAGGCUGCGGAGAUAGUGAAGUAGAUGAUGCUGCCUCAAGUACAAACCACCACCAUUUGGCAAGUGGUUCGCAAGACCAAGUAAUCCAAAUGCAGCAGCUAAAAUGCAGAGCAUGCAAGAGUAAAGAAGUCAGUGUCUUGUUAUUUCCAUGCAGGCACUUGUGUCUUUGUAAAGAAUGUGAAGGGUAUGUUGAUAGUUGCCCAGUAUGCCAGGUAAUGAAGACUGCAAGUGUUCAAGUUUACAUGUCAUGAAGACGUAUCCGAACACUUGCACUCAUCAUCAUCUUUUGUGUUAAAAGGGGAAUGCUUAAUUUAUGAACAUGUUGUAAUGUUUGUUACAUUCAUGAAUUGUGGAUGCCUUAACUAUAUGAAUACAGAUCAGAUGAAACGAGGAUGGUCUUUUUACUGGCUUGAA